UUUCACAUGUCAGCUCUAUCUCUUUUCAUUGCUCACAUGCCCUCAGCUAUGCAAGGCCAACUCUGCCCGGAGCUCCUGCUGUUAUCGGAUAUUUAGACGAACGGGCGCAAAUAAGUUUCGUCCCCGUUGCGUUUGUGCGUACGGCGUGUGUUAUGAAGUUUUGGAAUGACUUUACCACAUUGUAAAACACUCUUAAGAAUCUAAAAAGACAGGAAAAAGAUAAAUCGAAAAGCCGAGGGCCUGUUAUUCUGAAGUUGUGUAUUCGUUUUGGAAGCGGUGGCAUGAAACGCAGCGGCGCAUUCCUCUGGUUUCACAAAGGAGCGGUGAUUUCCUCAGGUGUCACUCGGCUUUCCUCGCAGGACCUUUCACAUCAGCGCCGGGCAGCAGCAGAUAGCAGGCUCUAGAUCCGCAGAGGCGCGGGGGCAAGCCCAGCGAGAGGCCACCAUGGCGAGCGGCGAGUACAGGAAAGAGGAUUUGCUGGAGGAGAACCGCACGGACUCUGGGAUUGACUCGUACAGGUCCAUCCUGAAGGAGGACCCGUUCAUCAAGACGGCGCGGGAGCCCAGCUCCGACUCCAGCGGGCCGAGGGACAAGUUUUCCUCAGGAGAGGAGCGCCUGGACUCCGCGUACGGCUCCUCGUCCCUCACGGUGGAGAGCCUGACAGAAAUGGUGUCAGAGACCUUCAGCAUUUCCAACACCCAGGAACAAGCGCAAGGCACAGAACUCAGUGAGCAGGAGCAAGAGGAAAAUCUGCUCACAACCAUCACUGAAGAUGGAGACACAAUCCUGCAUUUAGCAAUCAUCCAUGAAGAUGAAUACUUUGCCCAACAGUUGAUACAGCUAUUUCCAAAAGACGUCCUGGACAUUCAAAACAACUUGUACCAGACACCUUUGCACUUGGCCACCUACCUGAACCUGCCUGGUGUGGUAGAAGGCCUUGUUGGGAAAGGGGCCAGCCUAGAACUGCAGGACCAGGAUGGGAACACAGCGCUCCAUGUGGCCUGCCAGCACGGCCAGACCGACUGCGCCACCAAAAUGACGCGAGACAUUUCCUCCAGCAAGCUGGCACCGGUACUGGAGACCCAGAACUGGAGAGGUCUUACCUGCCUUCACUUGGCUACACUGAACAGGCAACAUCAUCUCAUGAAGCUCCUGCUGAAAAAGGGAGCAGGUCUGAACAUCCAGGAAGGAACCAGUGGGAAGACGGCUCUUCAUCUAGCCGUCGAGCUACACGACAUCCAGUCCGUGAAUCUGCUGCUCAACAGGGGGGCCAACGUGGACGCCGGCAUGUUCAACGGCUGCACGCCGCUGCAUCUGGCCGUGGGAAGGCAGGACGCCACCAUCGCUAACCUCCUCUGCCAGUCUGGUGCUGACAAAAUGCUGCGAAACCUGGAGGACGAAACAGCACUGGAUCUAGCUGAUGGCAAUGAUGAUAUUCUGGCUCUGUUUCCAUUCGAUGACAUCCACAUCUCUGGGAGGUCGGUGGUGGGAGUGAAUUACUGAGUUGAAUCAGCUGUGGAACUAUGAAUUUGGAUCUAUUCUGGAACCUCACCUUUUUAAUGAAAGGCUUUAUAUCAGCUGAGGUGUUGGCAAUCUUAGUCUCUCCAUUUGUAGUACGUUUUGAUUUCCCAGUUAUUUAUCUGUUGUCUAACCCACUCUGCAAAAAUUUCUUCCCUUCCUGCAAAGAGGUACAAAACCAAAGGUGAUUCUGUCUAAUUGACUGUGGACACUGGACACAGACGAACAUCGCUGUUUCUAAGUUAUUCGCCAAGGCUUUUCGCUUGUUCUCUAAAGCCUCCAGAGGGGCAACAGUAACCGGCCCUUCACUAUGAGCUACCAAACCUUUUAUCAAACCUUUCAAUGGCCUUGGAAAUACUCUAGAAAUCUACCUCUUCAUCACAUUAGCUCAUUGGAUUUUGAUGGUCAAGAGUGGAACUUUCAACCUGUAAUGCUUUGCUAUUUCUCAAACUUUAACCGUGCUGUGAUUGCCUCUGUUUGAAGGUAAAAGCUUGGAUUUCUGGAGACAAUGUGUUAUUUUAUUUUAUUUUAUUUUUUUCAGCGUGGCCAAUAAGUGUCUAUUUGAGGGACAUGAUCGGGGUUAGGUAAAUAAAAGCAGACAAAAUGUAAUCUCUCAUGUAGAUACGUACAAAAAAAAAAAAAAAAACGGAGCUGAUCACAUCCCUGCUUUUUGUUAAAUAAUCUCACGGCUCAUGUAGAAAUCUAAUAUAUGUGACAAAUGUUACAGCUGCAGCUUUAUCCUUUGGUUUGUUGGUUUUUGCCGUUUCAUGCUGUGAAAUGUGUUGCUCUUCCAGCAUAAUUGCAUUAGGACUAGAGUGUCGAGCUGUAGCAGCUACAUGUUAACACAGUUCUGUAUUUAUCAGUGAAUCUGUUAUACUGGUGUGUAAUUACAUCGGCCUCUAGGAAAUAUAAGCAGGCUCAAGCUCAUUGUUUAUUUUGUAAUAAAACAAAUAAAUUAUCA